UAUUAUUUUCCUAUUUCCAAUUUUACGAUCACUUUUUUGCAUGGAUUCGAAAAAUCUUUCGGAUUUAGAAAAUUUAUAAGAUAAGAAAUCUUGGUACGUUGGCCGAUUUUAUAAAAAAUGUUCAUGUUUCGAGAAAAAAGUGUUUUAAAAUCAAUGUUUAUCAUUUUCACGAUCAGUGCCGUUUUUAUAGAGCGAUAUAAUUAAAGGUCUCUGUUUGCCAAAGAAAUUCAGAGACCGUUGAACAUCUCUUAAACUGUCAGACAAAUAUAAUUCAUUAUUAUUUUCACUAUUUUCUUUCUAUGAAUUACCAUAGAAGCAUAUAUAAAGUGUUGAAGUGAUGUGCUGCAUUCUGAAGAAAGGAAUACCGAAGCAAUAAAUUUUAGGUCAUGUUUAUGUAGUUUACUGUGAAAAUACACACAAAGAGAACGAGUUGCAUAUAUUUUUUAUUUCAUUCAAUUAAAUUACAAAUUUGGUUCGAAUAAAAAAUUUCUCGAGUAAAAGGCAGUGGCAGUAAGAAAUAUAUAUUUCUUGAAAAUUGUACAACAAUGUAAUUUAAACAAGUCGCAAUAUUCAGGUUUCAAAGGAUUCGAGGAAGGGAUUUUCAAGAUUUACGUAAUCUGUUGAUCGUUUUUUUCUCAUUCCCAGAAACGAAAUCACUAAAAGAGGGGAAAUUUGAAUCAUUUCCAACUGAAGAAUUAUUUAACAGAAAUUUACGAAGGCAAGAAAAAUCAACAGCACAUCGACAAAAGCGUCAAAUUCGGAAAGAGAAUGUUUGCAUGAAAUGUGAAUUGCCCACAUAUGAGGCAUCAUUGAAUCAAGAAAGAAGGAGAAAAAAAUCCAAUAAAUAUCAACAUUGUCCUUCUUGUAAUUGUCAUUUGAAUUACAACAACUAUGAAAGUAGAUACAUGGAAAGUAUGGCUAUGUUGGAAGAAUAUGAGAAUUAUUUGGCUAAUCCGCAGAAUUCAACAAUGAAAAGAAUGAAAACGCCUUUCUCAAUUCCUACUGGAAUAAAUUCUCGAAUGACAGGUGAAAUUCAGAGCUUUAAAAGAGGUCAAAACACGGAACAAAACCAAUCAUCAAAAAUCGAAUAUCCGGAGGAGAUGCAUACUGUGUUUAUGAAUAUGAUAAAUUCCGCUGUAGCAGAUGAAAAUGGAGAAUUUUACGAUAAGAGUACACACAGAAAGGAACACGACAAAGAAGAUGGACAGCUUCAAUACAAUCAGGAUGAGUCGGAGUUGGAUAGUGAUUGUUCAAAAAAGACUUUCAAAGUCCAUUGUCACUUGAAGAAGGAUAAGAGAGGUUGUUUCGAAAAGAUUCCCGAAUCAAUUGAAAAAUGUGAGAUCACAAGAAAUGAGGAGCUGAAGCACAAUUGUGAGGAACUUAAUCAGCUGACUGUGGAAACGAAACAAAUAAAAAGCCAAAAAGACAGUGACAGUCAAAAGAAAAAGGCAAAAUUUGACAAAUCUGCAAUUAUACGUCCUAAUGAAAUUUCAUCUGAUCGAAAGGUUUGCCGAAAAAGAGAAGGAAUGCAUCAACGACACAAAAUUGAACCGAGUACUAGUUGCCAUACACUUCCAAAGGACGAUAACGAUUCGGAUAACGAUAUUGAGGUGGAUUUUUUGAAGCAAUCGCAAUUGCAACAUGAAUUCAAAGGCAAUGGCAAUUCAAAAAUUUCACGUCAUUCUACUAUUGAGAAUUUACAAAUGGAAAAAUUGGAGAGAAAUAAUAUUGAAAUAAUGAGUUUGGCAAAGGAAAAUGAAUUUCAAUCUAAAAACAAAGCAUUAGCGGAAGACAGAAGGAACCUUUAUGGAGGUGGUGAUUUAGAUUUGCAUACGUGUAAGAGUUACAUUGUAGAUCUUAUUGAUAGAGCACUUAGCAAACAGUUGAGAACGCAUAUGGAUGAGAGAAAGGUUGACCUAAACAAGAAUUCACCAUCCUGGCAAGAAAUGUGUUUUGAGGUAACUCGAGCGCUUCAAGGUGAUUACUGUCAGUCAUUUACUCAGAACUUGGAUAAUUUUCAAGAGAAUAAUAUUGAUAAUGUAAAGCUGUUAAAGAGAUUUCGUUGGGCGUAUAUUAAACACAUUCAAGAACAACUUCGAAGUCUUGAAAAGAUAAUCGAUAUUUGUUCUCCUCGGCAUGCUGAAAAAGAAGCUGCAACUUCUUGAACAUUCAAUCCAAAAAAUAAUUUAACAUUACAGUUUAAAAUUUUUCGAGAAAUUCUAUAAACCUUUCUAAGGUACGCAAUAUACACAAAUAUAUAUAUAUAUAUAUAUAUAUAUAUAUAUAUAUCUAUAUUCUUUAUGCCAGAAUAUUGAUUGAUAUUGUCAAAUAAAUUUUUAAUAAAAUAAG